UCUGGCCACACUAGCAAAUACACAAGCCGCGCUGGGAAAACGUUUGCCGAAAAACUUCUAAAAAAAAACACUUAAAAACAGUAACAUAAGACUUUUGCAGUGCAUUUAAUAAGUAUUAUCUAUAGUUUGCCAUGGCUCUCGUGAAACCAAAGUCGGAACUGACCCCGGAGGAGCUGGCCCGACAGGAGGAGGAAGAGUUCAACACCGGACCGCUGUCCGUGCUCACGCAGUCGGUGAAGAACAACACCCAGGUACUGAUAAACUGCCGCAACAAUAAAAAACUCCUGGGAAGAGUGAAGGCCUUCGACCGCCACUGCAACAUGGUGCUGGAGAAUGUGAAGGAGAUGUGGACAGAGCUACCGCGCACCGGCAAGGGCAAGAAGAAGGUCAAGCCGGUCAACAAGGACCGCUUCAUAUCGAAGAUGUUCCUGCGCGGCGACUCGGUAAUCCUGGUACUCAGAAACCCCCUGGCCACGGCGGCAGGCAAAUAGUAAAAGCUAUCAUUCAAUCAACUAAUAAAGGCAAACUCGACUUUCUAAGUUAAACAACCAA